AAAAAAGUUUUAAAAUAAAGUAGCUAUUUACAAUAAUACAGUAUCGAGGUGUUCAUCAAAGCCCCCCAAAUAUGAAGCAAUUACUACUGAUUUUAUUAUCUAUUUUAUUUAUUCAAGAAAUUAAAGCCAAAAGUUAUGAGGGAUACAAAGUUUACAAAUUAAAACCUGAAAAUAUUAACCAUGAUAAAAUUAUUGAAUACCUUCAGGAAGAUUCAAUUUUUUAUUUUUUGGAUGAGGGACAAAUUGAAAGUGGAAAACCUAUUGAUGUCAUGAUCGAACAACAAUAUCAAAACUAUUUUGAAAACAUGUUGGAGAAAAAUAAAUUUAAAUUUGACGUCCUUGUUGAUAAUGUAGAAAAGGUAUUAGAACAAGAAAGAUUGGACCAACGUUUAACAAGAACUUCUGGUUUAGGACAAGUUACAUUUAACAGUUACAUGUAUUAUAGCGAACAAAUGGCGUAUUUGCACAGAUUGGGCAGAGACUAUCCAGAAAUAGUCGCCAUCCUUAAACUCGGUGAAUCCUAUGAAGGCCGUGAUAUUACAGCAUUAAGAUUGUCCAGUGGUCCCAGCACAGACCCUUCAAAAACCAAACCUGUAAUAUUUAUAGAUGCAGGUAUUCAUUGUAGAGAAUGGAUCGCGCCAGCUGUAGCUCUAUACAUUAUUCAACAAUUGGUUGAAAACCCUCAAAAUGCGCUUUUUUAUCAAAAUGUUGAUUGGGAUAUCGUGCCUAAUUUGAAUCCUGACGGAUAUGAAUACACACAAAGAGAAGAUCGUCUAUGGAGAAAAACCAGACGACCAAACCCUAACCAACCUAAUUAUUGCAUGGGUACUGACUUAAACAGAAACUUCGAUCACUAUUGGAUGUACGCUGGAGCCUCUUCUAACCCUUGCAGUGAGAUUUAUGCAGGCCCAGAGGCUUUCUCCGAAUCCGAAAGCAGAGCAAUCAGAGAUUAUUUUCUGGCCAAUGGAGAAACCAUAAAACUAUACUUGUCCUUCCACAGCUACGUUUCUAUGGUGCUCUAUCCUUGGGGGUACGCCUCAACUUUACCCGAAGACCACGAGGAGUUGCAACGUUUAGGAGAGUUAGCUGCAGAUGCUAUUCAUCGAUCGACAACUAUUAACUCGAGAUAUACUGUAAAUACUUCAACUCUUGCCCUAGGGCCUGGUGCUGGUGGCAGCGAUGAUUGGGUCAAAGGAGUUGCUAACGUGUCUUUAGCGUAUUGCUUUGAAUUACCCCAUGGGGACAGUCCGUUUCCUUUCUUGUUUCCGGCCAGACAACUUUUUGCAGCUGUGAGGGAAACAUUCGAAGCUAUCAAAGUUUAUCAUCAGUAUAUUGAAAAUAAAUUUUGGAAUAAUAACAAUCAAUAAAAUGUUUCAUACUUUUGUUAGUAUAGAUUUUAAAUAAGAAAAUGAACUCGCAUUGCUGUUUUUUUUUUAGCCGUACAUGCUAAAAUAAAGACC